UUGAAAAUUGAAAAUUAAAGUACAGGAAGAAGAGGCUGAGUUAAAGCAGAAUGGAAGAGUCUGGUUGCUACUGUCUCCAACCUCCGCUAUGGAGAACUAACAGUAAAAUCCCAGCUUCUACCAGAACAGUCUCUGUGUUAUCUGCGAAUUUCUCCACUGCCCAUCUCUCAUGGUUUCUUUUCACUCUGAGAUAUUCUACUUAAAAUGCUGUUAAACAAUUUAAACCCCCCACAACCUGGCACUUUCUGAUCUCUCCCUUUUUCAAGUGUUUGGUUUUCCUCGGAGGGAGCCAUGAGAGAAUCUCUUCUCUGGCUCAGUUCGGUGUUGGUUUUUGUUGCUUAUAGUUUUCAAUUUCAAGCCCAUGCUGCUCCUGCAGGUCCAUUGAUAAAACACUUGUCUUCUCUACUCAAAUGGACCACCAGGUCACCCUCUAAAUCGCCUCAAUCAGAUGGAAAUGUUCUCCAGUUUGAGAAUGGUUACUUGGUAGAGACUGUUGUUGAAGGAAAUGAGAUUGGUGUUGUUCCUUACAAAAUCCGUGUGUCCGAAGAUGGAGAACUAUAUGCUGUUGAUGAAGUUAACAGCAAAAUUGUUAAAAUUACUCCACCUUUAUCCCAAUAUAGCAGGGGAAGAUUGGUUGCUGGAUCAUUUCAAGGAUACACGGGGCAUGUUGAUGGAAAACCGAAUGAGGCUCGCUUUAAUCAUCCCAAAGGUGUAACAAUGGAUGACAAAGGGAAUGUUUAUGUUGCUGACACACUUAAUUUUGCCAUCAGGAAGAUUGGAGAUGCAGGUGUAACAACCAUAGCUGGAGGAAAGUCAAAUAUGGCUGGAUACCGGGAUGGGCCCAGUGAGGAUGCCAAGUUCUCCAGUGAUUUCGAUGUUCUAUAUGUCCGGCCAACCUGUUCCUUGUUAGUUGUUGAUAGAGGAAAUGCUGCUCUUCGGCAAAUUUCUCUCGACCAAGAUGAUUGUGACUAUCAAUACAGUUCAAUUUCUCCAACAGAUAUCCUUAUGGUGGUCGGUGCUGUCUUGGUUGGAUAUGUCACAUGCUUGCUUCGGCAGGGUUUUGGAUCUUCUUUCUUCUCGAGGAUGUUGUUGGAGACUGAAUCGACAGAACCUCCUAGCAAGGAGAAACCUAAUCCUAUUGUGGAAAAGAAGGAAGAACCGGGAUGGCCAUCUUUUGGGCAGCUCAUUAUCGAUCUGUCCAAGCUUGCACUUGAAGCAUUGGCUAAUGCAUUUCUCUACUUCAUUCCUUCACAUUUCAGACGAGGUGGAUCCAAGAAAAACCUCACGCCACUUAAAGAUAGACUGAAGAUGCCUGAGGAUGAAUCUGAACCUGAACCUCCAGUAGUUCAAAGGCAGACAACUCCGGUCCCCCUUUCUGAAACACGACGGGUCCAUAAUCCUAGUGCAACAGAAAAGUAUUCAGACAUGAAGCCUCCAAAGCUAAAGUCAAACAGUUUUAAGGACCCCUCUUUGUCAAGUAAGCAUAGGUCCUCAAAAAGACAGGAGUUUGCAGAAUUAUACAUGUCUGGCGAGGUUCCUCCUUACACCAGGUCAAAGACUCAGAAAGAGAGAACAAGACAUCGCCAGAGAGAUAAAAGUGGAGAGGUGGUUUACGGGCCUGGUGGGACGGAACCAAAACCAGCUGAAAUGAAGCCAAGGGAUUAUGAUAAUUCAAAGUUUGAUCAUUACAAUAUCAGAAACAAGUAUGGGUCUGAUGAUUCAUUCAGGUUUUAAAUAGCGUAUGCUGACUGUUUUUCCUUCUUUUUCUUUUCCUGUUUUCUCCAGGUAGAUCAUGCAUCCCUAUAUUUUUCUUUAGAGGUUACAUCAAAUUCAAUCAGAAACUAUGGUCCAGGAGUUUUGGGUUGAAGAUCAAUUGAUUUAGCUGCUGCCUUCUCUUCUCAGAAAGAAAAUUAUCAUUUUGGCA